UCUGGCUCUCUCUUUUUCUCUUUCUAUUAAAGUAGUUAUUCAAAAUUGUUAAUAACUUUAAAUUAUAAACAUUCUGUGAUUUGUUAAUAUAAGUUUUAAAAUUUAAUGCUCGAAGAAAAAUGCAUUAGAAAUUCAUGGAAUUAAUAAGUUUAAUUAAAUAUUAAAAUGAUCACAGUAUUAAUUAUUAUUUGUAUAUACGGUUCAUUGGCAUUAGAAGGAAGCGAAGUUCUCAAAAAUCUAGGAGAAAAACAAUACACAUUAUUAACAACUAAAUCAUCUUUACCACAACAUGGAUUAUGUUGGUAUAAUGCACUUAAAUCAAUCAAAAAUAGUUGUGAGACUUUGAAUGAUAAUGAACAUUCUCUCUUAGCUUUAAAAUUAGCUAAUUGUUUUUUGGAGGAUUCUGGUCAUACCUCUUAUGAUUGCCAUCUUAGUAAAUCAGAAGAUAUUCGAAAAGAGUGUAUUAAUCAAAUGUCAGAUAGAGCAUUCAAUGUAUAUAAUGAAUUUUAUACACAUACAACACACAUUUGUUUUUAUUUAAAUUAUGAAGCAUGGCAGGUGGAAACUGACAAUACCAUUAAAUCAUUAUAUAAAGUUUCUUCUCAAAUGAAGGAACAGUUAUUAGAGGCAUCAGAGAUGCAAAGUGCGAUGUUGAAGAGUCAAAAAGAAGGAUUAAAAAUUCAAAAUGAAAUUUUAGAUCAUGGUAAAGAACUUGGAAAUGUAUUAAAAUCUUCAUCUGAAACUGUGAACGAUAUGGUUAUGGAAUUUAAAGAAUCAGCAAAAGAUCAGAAGGAAUUACUCUAUGAGAUUUUUUCUUAUAUACGUACUUUUCAAAAUUGGAUUAUUGGAGAAGUAUCUUGGUUCCAAUCCAUUAUUUAUUAUACUAUCAGUUGUAUUCUUUGUGCAUUAUUUAGUUCGGCUAAAAGAACUGCAGAUGCUCGUGUUACACUUUUUACAAUUCUUAGUUUAAACAUUACAAUAGAAAGAAUGUUAGUUCAAUAUUACGACAACGUUAUGCAUCAAUCUACACAUGACAAAGUAGAAAUAAUAUAUGUAACUUGGUCAAUAAGAAAAAUAUGUUUAACAUUAUGUGCAGUUACAUUACUAUAUACUUAUUACUAUUAUAAAGAUAAGCAAUUAGAAAGUUUUCAUGUUCUUAGACGAAUAGAAAAUCGAUUAAAUAGAAUGCAAAUAAUUACACCUACCAAUGGUAACCAAAACCAUAAUAAGCCUAUUCGUCAUUCUGAAAGAUUAGCUAUUAAACGUUUGCAUGCUGCUUCUGUGAAGGAGCAUAAUUCAAAUUAAUAUUUGUAUAUCAUUUUUUAAAUUUCUAUCCUUUUUAAUGAAAAAUGCUAUUAUUUAAUAUAAAAAAUAUAAGUAAGUAUAUAAUUGUUAUAAUUAAUAUUUAUUCUAAUU